AUGUCAUCUACUCGUUCGAGAUUCACCCGUUCGCUGGCGCUUGGGCUGCUCUGCGCUCUUCCCAUGUUCAACCUCACAUUGGGCGCACCUACCCUGCCACGCGAUGUGACUUCUCCCAAAGCUGCCAUUGCGGUUAAGCUGAACAGGAAAGCAUCCCGUGCCAGGUCCCUGGCUGGGGUCGAGAUUGUCGAGGAGCUCAUUCGAAACGCUCAGGCAGCUUUCGGACAUGCCAAACGAGAUGCGCAGUUCGACGUCCUGCCUCUUAUUGCAUCCCUUACCCCUGAGAAGGUCGUUGAGAUGAUUCAACGAACCACUGAGCUCGAUCCUACCUACGAACCAGCUGAUUUCAGUUCCUGGUUUCAAGUCCAUUUCCCUCAGGACAACACCAUCGACGACGUCGGCAUCGCGCCUGCGGCACAGGGCCAGUUGUCAGGAUCCAGUGCACCGUCGGCGGGGAACCCGCCCGAGGCUAUCAUGGAUGCCGGCAACUUCCUCAGCCCCGGCGACGUGAUGCUGCUCGAGAUGCAGACUGUUGACACCAGCUUCAACUCCUGGCCGAUUGAGAUCCUGGACGCCGAGUACGAGGCGAUCCGCUUGGCCGUCGCGCUGCGCAUCACCGUCGUCGAGCCGGCUGGCAACGGUGGCAUGAACAUGGAUAAGCCCGUCCUCCGCGACGGCGACACCACCGCCCGCGCGCUGCUCAACCGGGACAGUCCCGACUUCCGCGACUCGGGCGCCAUCAUGGUGGGCGCGGGAACGGCGGCGGUGCCACGCUCGCGGUUGGGUUUUUCCAACUAUGGGAGUAGGGCCAAUGGGCACGCGUGGGGCGAGAAUAUCCAGACGACGAGCGUCACGAUGGUCAAGGGUCGUGGCAGGACAGGUAUGGUGAAUGCGAAUAGGGGGUCCAAGUUGACGCCGACUGAGCUGCGAAGUCUCAUUACCGUUGGUGGCUCGGCGACCUCGAACCUGUCUAGCGACCUGAUCAGCGUGCAACCGGACUUGACGGCUUUCGUUGACGGCGGGCAUUUGCAGGAGCGUGUGUCUGAGGAUGGGUCACGUCCCAGGUAG